AAAAAUGCUAGAAGACGGAGAUCUUUCCGUGGUGAGUGAUACAAAAACUAUUGGGUUAAAGUCUUGCGAAGGUGAAAUUUUCACUGUUAGUUUUAGAGUUGCUACAAUGUCAAACACUAUAAAGAAUAUGAUAGAAGACCUUAAUCUUGAAGAUGGAAUUAUAGAAGAAGUCCCACUUAAAAAUAUUAGUAGUCAUACUUUAAAAAAAAUAAUUGAAUAUUGCGAGUAUCAUGUAGACGAUGAUCCUGAUGAUCAAGACUGGGAAUUUUCUACUCCAACUACAGUUUCUGACUGGGAUUCCAAGCUUAUCGGAACAGACCAAGAAGAAAUCUUUGCUUUAAUACUAGCUGCUAAUUUUUUAGAUAUACCUUCACUCCUAGACGUGGGAUGCAAGACGGUGGCAAAUAUGAUAAAAGGCAAAGAGCCAGAAGAAAUUAGAAAAAUUUUCAACAUUGAAAAUGAUUUUACACCAGAAGAAGAAGAGGAAAUGCGAGCUGAAUAUGCUUGGCUGAAAGAUGAUUAAAUAAAAUCUGCUCUAGCAA